AUGGCCAAUCCGCCUAGCCAACCGUCUCCGACUCCCAACACCCCGCCUGCAGACUACCAGCAACUAGCAUUUGCUACGUCUGGCACACAGCCUUCCACUUCAACCGACAUAUACGCAGAUUCAGACGAAUAUCCCGCCCACUUCGACGCGAUGGAGGAUGCUCCUCUCGACUGCCCAUCGCCCCUCCCUCUCUCAUCUUUACUCAAUCUACCGCCGUCGUCCCCAAUGCAGCCUCCCGUCAGUGAUGAGCUGCCAGGACCAAGCAAUGUUGUGCUUGGGGAGCAGGGAUUCGGCCUGGUGCACGAGACCUGGUCGCAUACGCAGCUCGAUGUCUCCCUCGCGGAACUGCUUGCACCCGCCAGUCCGCCCGCGUCCGAAUACCCUUCUCUCAUCCCGGCCGAUGAGUUAGACAGUCAGCCGCUUUGGGGGCUCUGUCCGGAGCAGCUGCUUCUUGAGUGGCAGAUGGAAAGGCCCGAUUGUAUCGAUCCCACUACCGGCUGUACCAACCCACUUCCUGGCGACGCCAGCAACCCGCCUUCUCCCGCCGAGAGUAACUCACCUCUUCCCGCUGAGAGUAACCCGGCUCUUCCCGCCGAGAGCCAGAAGCGCAAGCGCAGCGUCGACUCCGAGGCGGACUCUGGGUCGCCGCCUAGGAAGAAGACCAAGAACGUGACCGACAAGGAGAACAGCGCCGUGGAGGAUGGCACUCGCGGUCGCAAAGGCAAGGCCGUCCAAUCCGCGACCGCACAUGCGGGCGCCCUUCUCCCUGCAGGAACUGGAGAGCCAGUCGAGCGUUUGAUUCUCAACGACAUGACGCCCGAAGAGCGCAAUGAGCUUCUCAAGUACAGCCAAAUUUGGAAGAUCAUCCCCUUCCGCGACGGUGAGGCGCAGAACCAACGUGUCCUAUAUCGUGCUCGCGCGAUCCGUCCCAGUCAUGGAGGCAACAACGGCUGUUUACUCACGACGGUGGUGGAUGUUCUAUCAAUGACCUUCCCGGCCUGUUGUGGGAACACUCGAGCGCAGUCAUCUAUGAAGCGCCAUGCCCAGACAGCGCAAACCCACUUUCCCCGGAUUCGCGAACACCUACUCCCGUCCAUCAAGUUCUCGUUGUUCAAGUGUGUCGGCGGUGUUCUCCCGGCCAAGGUGAAUGGAUCCACACAGUGUACUGCCGAGCAAACACGCUUCGAUGCUUUCCAACGCGCGCACGAAUCUUCCGGGUGUAACAGAUACGAUCCCCAGGCGAAGACCGGCGAUGUGCGCUUUACGUUCACGAUCGAGAAGCCCGCUACCUACCAAACGGCGCACGAGUACUACAGACGGAUGCGCGAAGCCUGCAUCAGCGGCACGCUGGAAACUCUGGAGGAUGUGGAGAUCACCGACCAGGUUGUCGCCACUGAAGUUAUGGAUCAGUACGAUGUUGUCCCCGAUGAGGUCUGCUCGAAGAAACUCCGACCGGCCCUAUACCACUGCUUCACUGAAGCAGAUGUGAAGGCCCGCGACGUUGCUCUCGGGGAAGGAACUCGCUUAUCGCCCAAGCGACGCUCAUAA